AUGGUAUUGUGGGAGCUUACUCUGGGAACAGCGUACUUCUUGGGGCUGAGACGGACUUACCGACUCGCAUUGAAGAUCCAGCGUCGUAUUGUUAGCCCUGAGCAUCCGAGGAUCCGACAUUUUCUGCAUCGGAGGACUCAUCAAAUCUUUGAUGUGGCACUUAGGGUCCACAAGAACAUUCAACAGAGAGACAUGGAACUUGGUCGAAACCUUGGAAACUGGAUUCUCCGCUGGCUCGACCGCGUGAAGCCAUCAGCACAAGUUCUACUACCAAAACACACGGAGCCAAGCAUAGUCAAGGCCAAGAGACUGUUGGACUCAACCCGUCUCAAACCGCUUGCAACCGCGCAGACUCCUCAGAACAGUGAAGUUGGUAGGCACUUGUUCUUGUCCAUGAGGAACCUUGAGCCCAAGUUAUCCCAGCCUGUCUCGAUGAUGAUGAUGCUCAAGCCUCCAAGAUCCUCUGGAAGUACCACUCAGCUCAGGAAUUACAGUGGAUCCACUUUUACUAAACCGAUUUAUGCUAGUGGCGGGUUUGGUGGUGUUAUCAGGAAGGACAUUUUGCAGUGGAUGGCGCAGAGAUGA